GCUGUGGUACAUUUACAUCCAACUGGAAAUACGUCACCUCUCAAACGGAUGCUAGCGUUCCAAGAUGGAGGGGGACGGCACCGACAAUAUGGAGAUGGGCGAGAGUAAAGGUGGAACAGGUCUUCGGCAGUACUACUUAUCAAAAAUAGAAGAAUUACAGUUGACUGUGAACGAGAAGAGCCAGAAUCUCAGACGACUUCAAGCACAGAGAAAUGAGCUCAACGCUAAAGUGCGUCUCCUCCGUGAGGAGCUGCAGUUGCUUCAAGAGCAAGGCUCCUAUGUCGGAGAAGUGGUCAGGGUCAUGGACAAAAAGAAAGUGCUGGUCAAGGUGCAUCCAGAGGGGAAAUUUGUGGUUGACGUGGAUAAAAACAUUGACAUCAAUGAUGUCACCCCCAACUGCCGCGUGGCUCUCCGCAAUGACAGUUACACGCUGCACAAGAUCCUCCCCAACAAGGUGGAUCCUCUGGUCUCCCUCAUGAUGGUGGAGAAGGUUCCCGACUCCACCUAUGAGAUGAUUGGCGGACUGGACAAGCAGAUUAAGGAAAUCAAAGAAGUCAUUGAACUUCCCGUCAAACACCCGGAGCUUUUUGAAGCUUUGGGCAUCGCGCAGCCCAAGGGUGUGCUGCUCUACGGACCUCCGGGGACAGGAAAGACCCUGCUGGCCAGAGCUGUAGCCCACCACACCGACUGCACCUUCAUCAGGGUGUCGGGGUCUGAGCUGGUGCAAAAGUUCAUUGGAGAGGGUGCUCGGAUGGUGCGCGAGCUUUUUGUCAUGGCUCGAGAGCAUGCGCCCUCCAUCAUCUUCAUGGAUGAAAUCGAUUCCAUUGGCUCGUCUCGCCUGGAGGGCGGCUCGGGCGGGGACAGCGAAGUGCAGAGGACCAUGUUGGAGUUGCUCAACCAGCUGGAUGGCUUUGAGGCCACCAAGAACAUCAAGGUCAUCAUGGCCACCAACCGUAUCGACAUCCUGGACUCGGCUCUCCUCAGGCCAGGAAGAAUUGACAGGAAGAUUGAGUUCCCCCCUCCCAACGAAGAGGCUCGCCUCGACAUCCUCAAGAUCCACUCGCGGAAGAUGAACCUGACGCGAGGCAUCAACCUGAGGAAGAUCGCCGAGCUCAUGCCUGGAGCAUCGGGCGCCGAGGUUAAGGGCGUGUGCACGGAGGCGGGCAUGUACGCCCUGCGAGAGAGGAGAGUACACGUCACCCAGGAGGACUUUGAGAUGGCCGUGGCAAAGGUGAUGCAGAAAGACAGCGAGAAGAACAUGUCCAUCAAGAAGCUGUGGAAGUAACUUGCUUCUCUUUGCACACAAGGCGGGCCUCACAUGUAUAGUUUCCUGAGUUUGUUCAUGGUUUACUUUCAAAUUGUUGCAUUUGUCCUAAAAUAAAUAGAUAGCCCACACACACACCCAAAAAA